AUGGUUUUGAAGCAUGCCGUGCAAGUUGUAGAAACCCUCUUUGAGAGCUUCGCCCCGAUGAUUUUUAAAUUUGGAUUCAGCCGCGAUCCAAAGAUCAGGUGGGAGAACCGGAGAUAUGGAUACUUACAUGAGAGGGAUCGUUGGGAACGAAUGGUGGUACUUUACCUGUCACCUGAGCCAUGGAGCCCAGCUAUGUUGGAAGCAGCUCUCAUAGAUCGAUAUGAUGGUCAACCUGGGUGCCGCAACAUUCGAAAAGGUGGUGACAGCGUUGGCCAUGACACCUCUGCAGCGUAUGUGACAUAUAUGGUGUACAGGAGCUUCAAACACAAGCCAGCCUGA